GAAGAGUGCAGAUCUGAGGGUGAUGGAACCAACUUGCCCCUAACCAUGGGCCCCAAAGAGAAAACCAUCAUGACAGAAAAGUCUGCGGUUGUGUUCAUCCAGGCCUGGUGGCGGGGCACGCUGGUGCGCCGCACUCUGCUGCAUGCGGCCCUCAGAGCUUGGAUCAUUCAGUGCUGGUGGAGGCAGAUGCUGGCGAAGCUGUUGAACAAGAGGCGGCGGGCGGCGCUGGAGUUCUAUGCACGGCAAGAAUGGGCCGCAGUCAGGCUGCAGUCCUGGGUCCGCAUGUGGCACACCCGUCAGCGUUACUGUCGCUUGCUCAAUGCUGCCCGCAUCAUCCAGGUCUAUUGGCGCUGGCACAGUUGCCAUUCCCGUGGCUUUAUUCAGGGCCAUUAUGAACUCAAAGAAAACCAUCUUGAUAUUCAACUUGAAAUCUCUCUGGGCCCACAGGCUUGUAAGGUGCAACAGUGCAUACCUCUUCCAAUAAAAGAAUGACCAGGUCUGCUA